CUAGAGCUGUUCGUCGACGUUGGCUCACCGAGAAGACCAACACGCAGAAUGCGUCGCGUUGCUACGGAGGACGAUGGCGAAGGAGCGGCGGAGAUGGAAGUACGCUCCGAAUUCACAAACAUAUUCGGGAUGCAUCCCGGCGCCGAUGACACCAGGAUACAUCCCGACGGCGACGACAACAGGAUACAUUCCGGCGCAGACGACACCAGGAUACAUCUAGGCGCAGUCGACACUAGAAUACAUCUCGGCGCCGACGACACCAGGAUAUAUCCCGUCGGCGGGAUACGUUCCGUCGGGCCGUUUUGUGAGGACAAAGGUGAAUGGGGAGGGAAAAGGAAAGUUGGGGAUACCUCGAAUUGA